UUAACUUGCUGAAGGGGUCGGAAGCGUUACCGAAAUUUUAACAUGUCCACUCAGUCGUCAAAUAUAUAACGGCUGGACUAUACUUUUAAGGAUAUUUAUGUUAGGAAAACAUGGAAUACCCGAUAAGAAUCACAAAGCUGUGUUUUUACGCGGCGCUAUUGUGUUUCGUGAGUGAACUGGUGCUAGGAGCCUCGUUCUAUGGGGAUGGCUACGUGCACCUGAAGGCCGUGGAGUCAUCCAGCCGUAACUCUCUACGCGUUCGCUUCCGUACCUCCAGCCCCCACGGCCUGCUUUUCCUCGCCGCUGGACACACAGACUACCUCCUGGUGGAGCUGACCGCAGGGCGCCUGCAGAUUAAGCUGGAUCUAGGAUCAGGUGAACGGUUGCUGAGGUCAGAGAGCAGCACCCAGCUGAAUGACCUGGCCUGGCACACUGCUGAGCUGAUUCAGGAUGGCCACAUCAUAACCCUGACUGUUGACCAACACUCCCACACAAACCUUAGGCUGCCCAGGCAUGGAUCUCAGGAGCAGGAGCUUUCCGUCCAGGACGGGCUGUUCGUUGGUGGGUCUGGAGGCCUAGACAAGCUCUACAUACCCAGUCAUCUAACUGGCUUUCGUGGAUGCAUGGAUGAGGCUGUAUUCAACGACCAGAAUAUCUUAUCAUCGCUGAGACCAUAUGCUGGAUUCAAGAGUGUCUAUGAGGUUUAUUUGGGUUGUAGUCCCCAGUUCUUUGCCAAUGAGGAGGAUCCUGUUAGUUUCUUCAGUUCUACAGCAUACAUCUCCCUGCCAACCUGGAAUGUCUCCCACUCCCAGCAGGAGGCGCUGUUUGAGUGUGUGGUACACACCUCGGCUAAAGAGGGUAUCAUCUUGUAUAACUCAGCCAGACAGGGGGACUUUGUGGCAGUUGAGAUCCAAGAGGGGCUGCUGGUAGCCAUAUUGGGUAAAGGCAGCACCAAAACUGAACUUAAAUCCCUAACCUUCAUCAAUGACAGGAAAUGGCAUUUGAUCAAGCUGUUUUUCACCCCUAAGACCCUCCAGCUGACAGUGGAUGAGGAAAUGGUGAAGACCAGCAUUGGCUCUCGCACAAAGGGACUUCAGCUGAGAGGGUCGCUGUUUGUGGGGGGUAUUGACGAUGGCACACGUUCAGAAGUCAGGAAGAUGGGCCUUGUUUCUGUGUCAGGGAAGAGAGUGAGAGGAGGUUCUUUCAAGGGCUGUCUGAAAGACAUUAAAGUCAAUGGGGUCAUAAUGGGUCUGCCCAACGCUAUAGUCACUAAAGAUAUCUCGGUUGGAUGUGAGCCAGAGAAAGAACCAGAACCCUCGACCACAGUGAGUUCAAGUACACUUUCAACUCUCCCAGAGUCCAGCUUUGAUUACACUUCGGUUACCCCAACCCCAGAGUUCCCUGUGUCCACCCUGGCCAAGGGGCUGGACAAGAGAUAUGGAUCCAACUUUGUGUUGCUCAGGAAUCUUGUUGUCCCUGAAGGAGGACGGGGAUCUCUGGACUCCAAACACAUCAAAGUUCUCCUGGACUUCAAGAAGCUCGGAGUACGGCAGUCCCAAAUCAUGUUCCGGAUCCAGGAACAGCCGGUUCAUGGACAGAUUCGACUGGAUGUAGACCAGGACCAAGAAGAGAACACCUUCAGCAUGCUGGACCUGUGGCAUGGCCGGGUAAUGUACAUUCACGGAGGAUCAGAGGACCCUCAAGACUUCUUCAUGUUCUCCAUCUUCUCAUCCUCCAGGAAGGAGGUUCCUGACUACCUGAAGGAGGCGAGGAGCUAUCGCUACAACAUCACGGUGACCCCCACCAAUGACGCCCCUGAACUUAGCCUGCCUCUGGGAAACCUCUUCGUACUCUUGGAGAAUUCUAGAAAACACCUGACCACGGAAGUGUUGAAGGCAACAGACAUUGACAGCAAACAGAGCGAGCUCUUCUUUUCUGUCCUGGGCAACUUGAAUGCCGAUGCAGGGUACUUGGAAGUGGAAGGCAACCCUGGCAUAGCUGUUACCGAGUUCUCCCAUUCUGAUCUUGAUAAAGGGAAGGUAAACUAUGUUCACACCGGGGUGAGGAACUCUAGGAUUGUCUUGAGGGUCAGUGAUGGAGACAAGGUUAGCAAUACGGUUGUGCUGAGGAUCAUGGCUGUACAAUUGGAGUAUAAGGUCGCCAACAACACUGGGCUUGAAAUCACUCAGGGUGAGAUGGCGCUGAUUGGAAACUGGCAACUAGCUAUUCAGACCAAUGCUGUCAAGCAGCUUGUUGACAUCCGGUACGACAUCAUCGAGCAUCCUCAGUAUGGUGAGCUGCAGAGGCUACACUCCAGCGGCGAAUGGAAGCCGACAGGCUCCUUCUCUCAAAGGCUACUGGAGAAAGAACGGCUUCGAUACUGCAGCACUUUCCAAGAGAUCCAAACUGCCAAUGCUACUGAUUACUUCAAAUGCAAGGUCACUGUAGCUGGUAGAGUUGAUACUGAACUUGUCUUCCCCAUUACUGUAAAAUGGGUACAUUAUAACUUAGUUAGGAAUGUAAUUGCCCACAUUGAUAAAGUUAGGAAAGUGACGUUACACUCACAGUAUCUUUACGCCAGCGCAGACGUCACACUGUCAGAGGAUGACCUGCACUUCAGGGUUCUGUCAUUACCAACGAAAGGAAAACUACUGCUUGUAAACAAGGUACUGAAUAAAAACUCAACAUUUAGCCAAAGGAAUGUAACUGAUCUGAAGGUACAAUAUGAACUGGUCGACAGACCGUUCAAGGACACAAGCGACACAUUUAGAUUCCAAGUGUUCUCUAAGCAUGCUCAAUCUCAAAGCUACGAUUUCCAGAUUUCAAUAAAGGCUGAUAUAAAUAGCGUAUAUAUAAGAAAUGAUGGGUUAAUCAUUUUGGAGGGAGACAGUAAACUGAUCACUAAAGACGAGUUGUUUGCAGAGACACUUGGCACUAAGGAGCUGUUUUACACUGUCACAACUAGCCCUGAACAUGGGAAGUUGGCACGCAUUAACCUAUCCAACUCCAACACCACUUACAACAACAUCCACAUUUUCAGCAAUCAGGAUCUCUUGGAAGAGCGCAUCAUGUACAUCCAUGAUGACUCGGAGACCACUCACGAUCAGUUCACAUUUAUCGCCUCCACCAGUCAGGAGCUCAAGUCCCAGAUUUUGGACAAUGGAGUCGGAUCCAAACACGGGACGUUCAACAUAUCCAUCCAGCUAGUCAAUGACGAGAAGCCUGUGCGCAUUGUUGAUACAGUUUUCCAUGUGGUAAGAGAUGGGCAACGGCUGCUCACACUAGACGAUCUCUGUUACCACGAUGCAGACUCAGACUUCAGUGAUGGGCAGUUGGUCUACACGCGCCGCGGAAUCCCGAUGGGAGACCUUGUUCUGGUGAACGACACUUCUCACAGGCUAUUCCAGUUUACCCAGAAGGACCUGGAGGAGAAGAGAGUGUUGUUCCUCCAUCGAGGCGUCAGUUCUGGACGCUUUGUUCUUUUCGUGUCUGAUGGGAAGCACUUUGUCUCGACCCUCCUGGACGUCACCGCCCACGAACCUUUUCUGAGACUCAGCAACAACACAGGUCUUCUGGUCCAGAAGGGGAAGGAAGUGACAUUGACCAGUCGCAACUUUAGCAUUUUCACUAACCUGGAUAUCCGAGACGACAGUGAAGUCACCUACAAAGUGUCUGAGCCUCCUAGGAAUGGAGGGCUGUAUCAUGUCCGAAAUGUUUCGGUGGACGCGUUCACCCAGCACGACCUGAAGCAGGGCUUUGUCUUGUAUCGUCAUGACGACAGCAGGAAUCUGGCAGACUCAUUUAACGUGACGGUGGGGGUUAAAGGUCACGUCCUGCAUGCCAGGAUUAACGUUAAGGUUUACCUGGAGAGCCAUCAGAGACCCCCUGUCCUCCAACACAACAACACCUUGCUGGUGGAGGAGGGCAAACCUGUGAAGAUUGAAGACAGUAGACUAGAGGUCACCCAUGAGGACAACCUGCCGUCUGAGAUUGUGUUUACAGUGAAGGUGGCCCCGUCUCAUGGGCUCCUGAGGCGCUUUGUCAAGGCAGAGGAGCAAUAUGCUGGAUCUGAGCAAGCCCCCAUCAAGACCUUCUCGCAGGAAGAUGUCAAUGCUGGCAACAUCCAGUACAUGCAAACAGCCCCUGGGCAGGUCAGUGACACAUUUGUUCUGGAUGUUUCCAACGGGGUCACGGAACUCAGCAGUGUUAGGAUGUCGGUGGACAUCAUCCCCCGCCUCAUCCCUCUGCAGGUGUCAAAUUUCACCCUCAGAGAGGGCGGGUCCAAGGCUCUAACCCAGGAAGUUCUCAAGGUUACAAACCGUCACUUCUUUGGUCUCAACUUCCUGUACAGCCUGACUGAGCCCCCACAGAAUGGAUACAUAGAACACUCCCGUUACCGUGGAGUUCCAGUGCUGUCAUUCACCAGGCGACAGGUGGAGCAGGAGUUCAUCUACUAUGUCCAUGAUGGCAGUGAGACAUUGGAAGACAACUUCACUGUGUUAGCCAACGACACAAGCCUGAGGAAACAGAGUGCCCCCUGUACCGUCCACAUCCAGGUGACAUCCAUCAACGACCAGCCUCCCGUCGUCACGGCCAACAAUGUCCUCAGGGUGUGGGUUGGUUCGGUCACAGAAAUCCGCCCUGACGACCUGGAGGCCCAGGAUGAGGACACGCCCCCUGAGGGACUGCAGGUGAUCGUGACACCCCCCAGUAACGGUCACCUGGCGCUGAAGAGUGCCCCCUCCAGACCACUCCUAAACUUCACCAUGCAACACAUCCACCUGGGACAGCUGCUGUUUGUUCACAGUGGUGCCAUGUCAGGAGGGUUUAACUUCCAGGUGAACGAUGGGGUGAACUUUGCCCACCGCCAGAUCUUCAGCAUCACAGCCAGCGCACUGGUCCUCAGCCUGGAGAUCAAUAGGCCAAUCAAGGUUUUCCCAGGCUCUACAACACCAAUUACCAGGGAGGAUUUGUGGGCGGUGACCAAUGACAAGAGCGACACGUCCAACCGCACCAUUACCUUCAGUGUGAUUCGUCGACCCAAACUAGGAAGCCUGGUGACAGUCCUGUUGGACAACUCAACAGUCGAUGUCUCUUCCUUCACACAGACCAUGCUGGACAAAGGGGAGGUCUUGUAUGUACAAAGUCUUGUGGAUUCAGUUGGAUGGUCUGCCAUGGACUCCAUGACCUUCACAUUGUCCUCACCGCCAGCCAUCCUGGAAGCUCAGACCUUCAAGAUUGACAUCUCAUAUGAAAACGCUGGACCUGAUCGCAAGACUUUGCUCCUCGCCAACACAGGUGCUGUGUUGACCGAAGGUGACAGCGUCGUCAUCGACAAGUCCAUGCUGGAUGCAUCUAACCUGUUGUCCAAGCUGCCCACACCCCAACGCAGCUCCCACGAGAUCUGGUUCCAGGUUAAGUCUUUACCCCAGCACGGGGUCAUCGUGGUGGGAGAAAGGAACCUCACCGCAGAGAAACCAAACUUCUCCCAGUACAUCCUCAGCAAGUAUGGCAUCACAUACCGUCACGAUGACUCUGAGACGCUACACGACCACUUUGUCUUUGACACGUGGCUGAACCCCAAGGGCACACCUGCACUACGCCCUCUAGACGACAGCCAGGUGCUGGAGGAGUGUUUCAACCUCACAGUUAUCCCAGUCAACGACCAACCGCCCGUCCUGAAGACCAAAGCCCCCAGCCUGAGGUUGGUACAGGGGGACGCUGUUCCCCUGGGACCAGAGAACCUGAACGUAGAAGACCUGGACAAUCAAGCAGAGGACAUCCAGUACACCAUCAUCAGCAAGCCCAACAAUGGCUAUCUGGCACGGAGAGGAGCCUUGAAUGAGUCUGUGAUGUCUUUCACUCAGGCUCAGAUCAACUGUGGGAAUGUCUACUUUGUCCACGACGGAAGCCGUAACUCGGGCGCCUUUUAUGUCAGUGUCUCGGAUGGUCACCACAAGCCUAUUUACAAACUCUUUAAUCUGGAAGUGACAGAGAUCACCAUCUCCCUGGUGAACAACACCGGGCUGGUUCUGAAGCAGGGACAGACUUCGGUAGAGUUAAACCAGGAGAGUCUGGCUGCUGAGACCAAUGGGAAAAACACCACUGUUCACUACCGCAUCACCAGUCCGCCCCUGUAUGGCAAGCUCCUCCGCCCAGACAACCAGGUGGUCAGUCAGUUUGAACAGGAAGAUCUAAGAAUGGGAAGGCUGUUUUAUCACAUGACAAGCCUCACUUCUGGUCUGGACAGCUUCGAGUUCAUUGCAUUUACGUCCGAAGCAAACAUGACUGAACAGGUCGUCAACAUUACAGUCAGGCCCUUGCUUGGGUUUGGCAAGGCGGUGACGAUAACAAAUGGGGUCAUGGUCAAACUUGACACCAGUUUCCUCAAUGCCUCUGAGCUUGUUGCUCUAACUGGCAGCGACCCUCUCUUUGAAGUUGUCUCGCAGCCAAAGUAUGGCAAGCUGAUGCGAGAAAACCCUAAAGCUGUAAAGAGAACUGAACCAGUGGAGUUGUUCUCUUUUCAGGAGGUGAGGCAGGAGAGGCUGUUCAUUGAGCUCAAUGCUAAUAUGACUGGAGUGCAGGAGCUAAAUGACUCCCUAAUCUUCAUCCUGAAAGCGGAGAAUGUCCCGCCAGCCAAAGGAGAAUUCUGGUUCACAGUUGUUCCAUUCGAUCCGUCCCUAGUCCAAACUACUGAGAGCCCUAUCCUGACCACUAGCUCUCUUUUCACUUUGACCGUGAACAAAACAAACCAAACAGCAGUGUCCCCCGUGUCCACCUCCUUUCUGUCCACACAGGUGCCCAGCAAGACCCACCAGAAGGUUAAAGGCCGCAACCGCUGGGGCAACACCAACCAGAACAACUCGUCAGGAACAGGCCCAACUCUCGGCAAGCCCACUGUGGGUCGAGAAGAGGACAAUGAGAUUCCCUUUGUGAAUACGCCAGUGCGAGUGGAGUCAUACCCCCAGCAGACCUCCAAACCCCUACUGGUUGUCCUACCACUGCUAGCUCUGCUCCUAUUGAUCAUUCUCCUAUUGGUUUUGGUUCUGCUGCUGCGACGCAGUAGAAAUAGGAAUCGGAAACCUGUCAUUCCUGGGCCGCCGCCCACGCCCUCAACCCCACCGGCCUAUCUCGGCCAGACGCAGAGGAGCUUGACCGUUCCCACCGUGGUCGUGACCCCGCUGAGCCCAAGCUGCCCUGGAAGCCCCACCCUGGAUAGGUUGCUGCCAGCCAAUCACAACACAACAUUGCUGCCACUCUGCUCAUGGAGGGGCGUAGAUCCAGAUAAUUCUGCUCAGCUUAUUAGGACCACUCCCCCCACUUUACAGCAAAAUCAGUACUGGGUAUGACCGCCGUGGCUGCUGCCACCUAGAGGCGGGUUGUGGAAGUGAAUGGUGCGCCAACAUCUGUUCCUAACACCGCCAGCAACACCACUGUUUGUUCAACCUUAAACUGUAACACUGCUGCAGUAGGAAAACAAUUAUCAUACAUUUGUUCUGCUGCUGGAGCACAAUCAGUGCUGAGAAUGACGACGCUAACUGACAGCCACUUGCAACUAACCAUUAGUUGUCAUGACUGUUGGACCGUAGCAGCCCAAUCAUUACCACUGCAUGUAAUAACCACAAGUAACUAGUUCAGGCACUCUCACCUCCAUCAACCUCUAGAAAUACUUAAUGGCUGGCUAGACGAUAAUGUCAUGUUCGGUAUUACUACUGUCAAAGUUACCCGUCCAAUCCCAUCAUUGCAAUGACAGACCUAGUGAACUCUAAUGGAUUUAGUUGUUUAGCUGCAAAGCAUUUGGAAGAGGUGACAAUGACCAUUUUCAUAUUUGCUGUGGCUAGCAUGGUUGUUUUAAAAAAAUAUAUAAAUUCCUUCUUAGUGAGCAGAAGCUGUGGAUAUAUGUAUACAUUUGUAGAAUGGUUUGAUACUGUGAAGUACUUAAUAUACUGACACUGAAAUCAAUUUUAUUUUCACCAAAUAAAUUGUGCACAUUUUUAUAUAUAUUUCAGAUGUAUUGUGUUUAACCCUUAGCAGCCAUGUUUGGUUGUUGCUUUUUCUGUAAACUCAGGUAUUCUUAUGCAAUCGUUGCUUGUAUUUUUGGCAAUAUUUAUGUGGAUACGAUACUGAUAAUUUCAAAGGACUAAAUAUGAUGUACUGACUGAAUUGCACCGGUAAAAUUAUUAUACAGUAUUUUGAACAUUGUGUCAACCUAGAUCAAUGAGACUAAUCCAUGUACAAAUGUUUAAAUUCUCACUGAAAUCUCACCUAAUAUAACUGGUGCUGUUACACAUUUUUGUAUUUAUUACGUGUAGUAUUUUUUAUUGAAAGCCUUUAUCAUCAACACCACAGUAUGGAUAAUGUAAGUAAGAACAUGGUUUUGUGGUUCUAAUGUUCUAUGUACCCUGAUACCACUAUGUAACCCUUACCAUACUGCCAGAGGCCACAGUCUUGAUUAUACUAUGGCCCUGAACACAAUCUGCUCUUUGAAGCCAAACAUGACCCUUUAAAUGUACAUAGGCAUACUUGUCAAUAGUGUUAUUUAUAUUUGUUCAUUUCUAACUCUGAUUUACCAUAUUUGACCCUGAUUUUCUUUUCUGCAGGUCAUCACACAAUGUUUAGAAAUGCAGUGUAGUCUGACACUGAAUUGUCCAUGUAUUUGACCUAAAAAUGUGCUCAUCAACCGUGUUGCUAUAAGAGGUGUAUAAAUAAUAUCUGCAGGCACUGAUCUAUUAAAAUCUGUUGCCUACAGGUCUUUUGAGAGAAGAUUUUGCUGUAGCUACACUUUCAGCAACUUAUAGGCAAGCAUGUUAUAUUGGGAUAAUUUCUGACACUGAAGUGGAUAUGAAUACUUUGAGAGUGAUUGAUUAACUGCUGUGCUAUUGGAUGUGAUUCUACUGAUGUAGUGUUAUUAUACCACUAUAGUUGUAUCUGUGGUAAUAACCAAAGAAUGUUUUACCGGAGCUAGCAGACUUCCUGUAUUGAUCACAUAUUUAUGAUGUAACCUUUUACAGUGUAACUCUAUAUUUAUUUUAACCCUCUUGGUUUUAUGUGGUUUUUAUUAAGUAUUUGCAUAUUAAAUGUGUAACCCUCA